AUGGCAGGCCCACCCCCACCUCCUCCUCCGCCACCAGGGGGUUUGGGAAAUAUGGCUAGUAAUCUACCACCUGGUCCACCACCAGUAAUUUCGCAAGAUAGAAAUGCUUUACUUGGAGAUAUAAGGAAAGGAGCAAAAUUGAAAAAAGCAGUUACUAUUGAUAAAUCAAAACCCAUGAUUGAAGGUAAAACUACUCCUUCUAGCGGUGGUCCACCUUCAGUAUCAGCAGCACCGUCUGCUCCAAGCUUGCCACCGUCAGGUGCACCUCAAUUGGGAGAUAUCUUUGCUGGAGGAGUUCCAAAAUUAAAACAUGUUGAUAAUAGAAAUAAUAUAGUUCCAACAUCAGCUCCUAAAAUUCCAAAUUCAAUACCAAAUCCCCCAACUUUAGCUCCAAAAGUUCCAUCAUUAUCGAGGCCUACGAAAUCUUCUAAUUCAGUUCCAAAUGUUGCUCCGCCAAUACCACAAACUUCAGCACCAAAAUUACCACCAACUCGUCCUAAAAAAUCAGGUCAUUUACAAAAAAGUUCCAUAAGUUCGAUAGAUCUGAUCAACAGUCCUCCUCCAGUUCCAACUGGUCCACCACCUUUACCAACUUCCGCACCACCUCCUCCAACAUCAUUACCACCCUCGUUCAGUCCUAACAAGCCUCCAGCACCACCACCAGCUCCACCUUCAUCUGCUCAACCAUCGUCAACCCCAGCUGCACCACCACUUCCCUCCGGAAAUUUACCAUUCUUAGCAGAUAUCAAUGCUAAGAGAGACAAUAAGAACGUUAUAGAUCAAUCACCAAAACCACCAGUCCCAUCAAAUGCUCCUCCUUUACCCAAAACUUCCAUCCCAGCCCCUCCACCACCUCCAGCGUCAAUUCCAAAACCACAAGCUCCAAAACUACCUACAAGUACUCCAUCUGCAGCUCCACCACCUCCACCACCGCCAUCAAUGCCACCUCCACAAACAACUUCAAAUAAGGCUUCAAACGCUCCUCCACCAGUUGCGCCAGGUGGUGCAUUACCAUUCUUAGCUCAAAUCAACGCCAAAAGGGACGACAGUUUUGUAGUAGAUGGAAGUCUGAAGUCGUAUUCAACUAAAAACGAAGGUAGUCUGGACAAUACCUCAACAGCUUCUUCAAAACCAGCACAAGCUCCACCACCUCCAACUGCUCCCCCUCCAAAUAAAUUUAAUCCAUUUGGGGCAGCACCAACAAUAAAGAAGCCAACUACAUCUACUUCAACCGCUCCUUCAAUUCCAAAUAUAUCACCUCCUCAAAGGAAAGUAGCUCCUUCUAAUCCACCUACUGCACCACCUCAGGUUCCAUCCAGUCUGAUUCCAAAAUCAUCGGUUCCUCCAUCAGCUCCACCAGCUCCACCCGCUCCAUCAGCAUCAUCAGCACCACCAGCACCACCAGCACCACCUGCGCCACCUUCAUUACCACCAUCCUUACCAGCUCAAAAUAUCGAACCUCCAAAGCCAUCAAUGGUAUCUGUUGCAAGUACACCUAAGCUUCCUGAGGCGAUUCCACCACCUUUACCUUCCACUCCAUCUCAAAGUAUAUCUAAAUCUAAGAAACCAGCACCUCCUCCCCCUCCAGGAUCAACAUCUUCCACUACAAAUACUACUUAUAAUGAUUUAGAUUCAAAACAAAAUGUUGGUUCAUCAUUACGUAAAAUUUCAGCACUGACAUAUACAAUAAAUGGAUCUUCUAAAAAAGAAUCAAAUACAAAAAUAGUUAUUGAUGAUAGAAGAUUUAAAUUUGUUAAUGCAAAUGCAUUACCAAAUCCAAGAAGAUUUGAAGGUUCUCAAAAAUUAUAUCCAAGUGGUAGAGGAUCAUCAAUUCCAUUAGAUUUAAGUUUAUAUUCUUGA